AUGACUGCUGUUAGUGCUUCUUUUGAUUCUAUGUUGUAUAAUAUUAGAGCUCAUAAUAUCAUCAAUAAUUACCCAGCAAAUACUGCUCUUCCAACCACCACCACUACGAUUACAAACAUCACAUCUGCUCCUACUUCCACCACCUGUUCAUCUACAUUCCCUCAAAGAAUGCUUCCUCCUCCACCUGGGAUGAUAAACCAUACUAAUACAAAUCCUACUACUAAUACAAAUACAAACGCAGCUGUUGCUUCUGCUCCAUUAUUGGCACCUGUAAAUCAAAUGCAAAUGCAACUUCAAAUGCAAAUGCAAAUGAAUUUACAAUUACAAUCCCAAUUACAAAUGAACAUGCAGUUACAACUACCAAAUCCAUAUUAUAAUUCUGCUACUAAUAAUCAACCUCAACAACAACCAUUUGUUGCACCACAGAUUAACGCACCACCUCAACAAAUUAAUAUGGCACAACCACCACCUGCUCCUCAACAACAGACUGUUUUCCAGGAAGAACAGAUUAACGGUGGGGUAAGUCAGGUGUUGGAUUAUAAUUUGCAGUACAUGUCGGAGUAUGUUGUUAAUUACACCAAUAUCAUUUUUAAUCCUUCUUAUUCAAUGGAUAAGAAUCAAUUAGAUGAUAAUAACAUGCCAACCACCACAAUUGAUUUAUUCAUUAAAGGUGUCUCUUCUGUUUUGAAUGCUACAAGAUUACCUUCAGUAACUAUAUUUUUGGCAUUAGAUUAUUUAUCAAAAUAUAUUACUAAAUUACCAAAUGGUAUUGCUUCUAUUGGCGGUAAUUCUGUUAAUGUAAUUUAUCAAAAUACAAUGAUAUCAUUUAUACUAGCAAACAAAUUUAAUGAUGAUAAAACUUUUACAAAUAAAUCUUGGUCAGAUGCUACUGGUAUUAAAUUGAAGUUUAUUAAUGAAUAUGAAAAAAAUUGGUUAAAGAUUUUUGAUUGGAAAUUGUAUGAUGAUAAAUUCAUUUCUUAUAAUGAUUAUGUUAAUGCUUUUGAAUAUUUUUGCAAAAAAUAUCAACCACAAAAUACUAAUUCAUUAUUGAACACUCCACUUCAUUCCUCUUCAAUUCCAAUUUCUAUUCCAUUACCAAAUUCAACUUCACCAACUUCACUAUCUUCUUCAACUUCAUCUUUCUAUAACAAUUCCUUUGAUCAAUCAGUUUAUUCAAUUACUCCUUCUACUUCAUAUAAUAAUAUGAUGAUGAAUAAUAGUAAUAAUAGUUCUAAUACAAAGAAUUACAACAAUUAUUCAAAAUAUUUACCUUCAAAAGGUUUUGAAACUCCAAGUAAUAUUAACUCAAAUAUUUACCCAUCUCCUUCUUAUGCUAAUAAUUUUUAUUAUAAUCCAAAUAACAAUACAACUACUACCAUAUCAAGUAAUACAAAUAAUAUUUCAAAACCAAAUGCUUUGAAUAUUGCUUCUAUUUGUACUCCAAUUUCACAAUUUAGUCCUUCUGAUGUGUCUUUUAAUUCCUUCCUCCCACAAACUUCUCAAAUUGUUCAACAAUCAAAUACUUGUUCGAUUCCACAAUUGAUGCAACCUCCACAGAUUAUUCAUCAACCUCAUCAAAUGAAUUUAAAUUCUUUGCCAUAUUGGAAUCUUGACCAACAGCCUCACCAAAACUAUAACACAACUGCUUCUACUACUAAUAAUAAUAAUAUUAGAAUUGAAAAAUUAAGAUAUCCACCUUUUGAAAAUUAUUCAACUGUCUAUUAA